AUGAUAAUGAUCCUGUUCGUCACCGUGAGUUUUCACGUGCACGUUCGUGCAGCCUACACGGUGCCGCAGGGUUUUGUCGGCGCGUGCGCACGCCUCCUGUCCGCGUGCGCCAACUUUUCUCACCUCCACUUUCUUUUUGCAGGACACGAACCUGGCACGAUUGUCCUGGUGGUCUUGUAUUUGGUGUCCUUUCUGACCGGAUUUGUGGGGAAUGUUAUGGCGCUCUUGGUCCUAAAUCGAAGAAGGAACAGACUUGCUGGUGCCUCCACGACCAGAAAGCUGCUGAUCAACUUGGCUGUGUGUGAUAUGAUGGUGGUGUGUGUGUGCAUGCCUGUCAACUUGGGCCACCAGGUUUACAACGCUUGGGUGUUCGGGGACUUGUUGUGUCGUGCCGUGCCGUUCGUUCAGGCCGUCUCUGUGUCUGCGAGUGUCUUAAGCCUGGCUUUUAUAAGCUUGAACCGGUACUACAACGUUCACAAUCCACUCCGUGCUCGAUCUUUCUUCACCGGGAGGAAGAUCGCUGCGAUGAUAGUAAUGGUGUGGACGGUGUCAUCCUGCCUGUGCGCUCCGUUGGUCUUCAUGAACGAGACCAAAUUGCUUUCUUUGACAAUGGAUGGCUCAGACGGGAUAACCGUGUGCGUCGAGGCCUGGUCUCAAGCACGCCUGCGCCUAGGCUACAACAUUUUACUUUUCUGCGCCCUGUAUGGCUUUCCAGUCCUCUUCAAUCUCAUCAUAUGUUUUCUCACUACCUGGAAACUGUGGAGUGCAGAUGACCAGUUCAGCCAAGCUGCCAUGUCAAGCUCGACCCGAUUGACAGCGCGGCUGAGGUCGCGCAAGAAAAUUGCCAAGAUGGUGCUAGCCCUGGUGGUGCUUUUUACCCUCUCUUGGCUUCCUCUUUAUGUAGCGGAUAUCUGGCUUGACUUCAACAUGCCGGGUUUUCUGGACAGAGAAGUUCCUGGCCAUGUCGAGCACAGCUGGGUGCUGCAGAGCCGGCCCUUUGCGCAGUGGCUUGGUCUCACCAACUCGGCACUCAACCCCCUCUGCUACUGCUUUGUGGGCGACCUUUACAGUGAACUCUGCGCUCCAACUUCAGUCAACGUCAUCAUCCGCAAAAUACAGCAGUGGAAAGCAGAGAUGGACAGGACUCUACGUUUUCGCUAA